UCAGACAGAUCUGCAAUAAAAAGCGAAUCUCAAAAACUCACUCACUCACAAUCAUGGCGGCGUCAACAAACUCUUUCCUCGUCGGAAACAACAAUCAGAUCCCGUCUUUAAAACCCAAAUCCACAUCUCAAUCCCUCCUCCACCUCGCCAAACCAAACACCUUGCACCUCGCCGGAAAAACCAAACCCGCAUCCGUCAGAUGCGUCUCCUCCCCGACCCAAAUCCAAGACGGAGCCAGAUCCGCCCCCACCGGAUCGCAAGACCGCGUCUUCAACUUCGCGGCGGGCCCCGCCACUCUCCCGGAGAACGUCCUCCUCAAAGCUCAGGCGGAUCUAUACAACUGGCGCGGAUCGGGGAUGAGCGUGAUGGAGAUGAGCCACAGAGGGAAAGAGUUCCUCUCCAUCAUCCAAAAAGCCGAAUCGGAUCUCCGCCAGCUCCUCGAGAUUCCCUCCGAAUAUUCCGUUUUGUUCUUGCAAGGCGGCGCCACGACCCAGUUCGCCGGUUUGCCUCUCAAUCUCUGCAAACCGGACGAUGCCGUCGAUUUCGUCGUAACCGGUUCGUGGGGUGACAAAGCCGUGAAGGAAGCGAAGAAGUAUUGCAAGACCAACGUGAUCUGGUCUGGUAAGUCCGACAAGUACACAAAGGUUCCGUCUUUCGAUGCGCUGGAGCAGAGUCCCGACGCUAAGUAUCUGCAUAUAUGCGCUAACGAGACUAUCCAUGGAGUUGAGUUUAAGGACUAUCCUGUCGUUAGAAACCCUAACGGGUUCUUGGUGGCUGACAUGUCUUCCAACUUCUGUUCGAAGCCGGUUGAUGUGUCUAAGUUCGGUGUGAUCUACGGUGGUGCUCAGAAGAACGUUGGUCCGUCCGGUGUGACGAUCGUGAUAAUCAGGAAAGAUCUGAUCGGUAACGCUCAGGAGAUCACUCCAGUGAUGCUUGACUACAAGAUUCACGAUGAGAACAGUUCCUUGUACAACACGCCUCCUUGCUUCGGGAUUUACAUGUGUGGGCUCGUGUUUGAGGAUCUGUUGGACCAAGGCGGGUUGAAGGAAGUGGAGAGGAAGAAUCAGAGGAAAGCUGAUUUGCUUUAUAACGCUAUUGAAGAGAGCAAGGGGUUUUUUAAGUGUCCGGUUGAGAAGUCGGUGAGGUCGUUGAUGAAUGUGCCUUUUACUUUGGAGAAGUCUGAGUUGGAAGGGGAGUUUAUUAAGGAAGCGGCUAAGGAAAAGAUGGUGCAGCUUAAAGGGCAUAGGUCUGUGGGAGGUAUGAGAGCUUCUAUUUAUAAUGCUAUGCCUUUGGCUGGUGUUGAGAAGCUUGUUGCUUUCAUGAAAGAUUUUCAGGCUAAGCAUGCCUAAGUCUAUUUGUGUUUCUUUCUUUUUGUUUUGCAUUUUGGCUAUGUUGGUUGGGUGAUAUUGUGAUAAGCUGAUGCUUAUGAUUUGCUUCUAGUAAUAAUGUAUCAAAAUCUUGCUCACGUUUGGUAACAACAAAGAUCUCAUAAUCUCUUUAUAAC